CUUAAAUUUUAUUUCUCACUAUGUCCAAGCUCACAAUGUCCAAUCACCAACUUAACACCUCAACACUACCAUAACAAAAAUGGCAUAAAUUUCACGUAACUUUUUUGCCUAUCAUACUUUACGUAUUUAUUUGAAAUGCAUCGGCUAUUACGUUAAGAAUUAUAUGUACUGUGUAGUUAUUCAUAAUUUCUAUAUUUUCAUUAAUCGUUAAAAUCAAACAUUUUGUAACGACUUAUGUAAAUCUAUUAUCACGAAUAUUAGAAGCAUCAAUCGCAUGAAGCUUAACCUCAGUUUUAAAAGUUCAAAAAACAAAUGCUUCUUUUUUGCCCAACUUGUGGUAAUGUUUUGCAUAUAGAAGAGGGCACGAUUUCUUUACGUUUUGCUUGCAAUACGUGUCCUUAUAUUUGUAACAUUAAUCGUAGAGUGAGUAGCCGGACUUAUCCUAAACUCAAAGAAGUUGAUGAUGUGCUCGGUGGCUCUGCUGCAUGGGAAAAUGUAGAUUCCACCGAAGAACGCUGUCCAAAAUGCUCCCAUCCGAGAGCCUAUUUUAUGCAAAUACAAACUAGAUCCGCGGAUGAGCCUAUGACAACUUUCUACAAAUGCUGUAAUUCUCAAUGUAGUCAUAAUUGGCGUGAAUAGGAAAUUCUAUUAACACUGAGAAAGUAAGCUAUGAAUCUCCGCUUAAAGUUAAAUGUAAUAACUCCAAAUGCGAUGGGUCCAAUAAAGGAACGAUUGAAUAAAGCCAAAA